GGUUUCUCCACCUUACGGAUUUAAAUUCAACCGUUCAUUUGGCGAGGUGCGUCGUUUUCCGCAGCGAAUUUUUGUGAAUUUCUACGUUAAGCUACGACUGCGUACCGUUUUCGAGGCUUUGCCCAGGAGGACCCGAGACAAAAAUCAAUAAUUUCGGCAGACCAACACAUUUCGCUAGUGUCGUGGAAUUUCAGCCUCCGGGCGCAAGCGCUGUCUGUCUACAACCGCCAGCACACCAGCAACGACAAAAUGACUUCCACCGAGCUGAAAAUUGGACUGACCAGCAGCGCACGUCCCUCUAGCCGCGUCCUGAAGCCCCCGGGUGGCGGUCACACCAACAUCUUCUCGGAGCCCGAGGUGGCCGUUAAUGCGCCGCGCGCCAAAUACAAUCAACAAAAUUCCUCGAAUCUCAACGCCUGCAUGGGCUCCACUGACCCCAACAAGGUGGUGGAGAAGCUGCGCGAAGAGGUGACCACACAGAAGGAGGAAGCCAAGUCGGCUGCGCCCAGUCAGGCCAAGUCAGAGGCGGCAAGCAAGCCGGCGGCUGCCACGAACGGAGAGGCACGCGGCCGUGUCCCACCUGGUGGAUAUUCCUCGGGCGGAUUCUGGUAGACUGUCGGAGGAAGAGGAGCAGUGGCAGCUGCCAAGCAUUUAAUGACUCACCAACACAUCCUCAGCCCAACAUAAACCUAUAAAUAUAACUCGCUUAUAACAUAACAUAUACACAUACAUAUAUUUAGAGUCGCAUUAUCUAUAUUCAUACGCAGAUCUUCUCGAGAAAGGAAACUCCAUUUGGUUUUCCCUGUUCUUCCUCAUCUCUUUUGUCCCUAAACGUAGAAUGUUUAACACGUCUAACGCAAUUGUUGAAAAAUUUAACAUUAACUUGUGAUUCCGCCCCAUGAAGAUUCUGGAUUGACUAUUUGCUAAACUUCUACCACCCACCACCGACUACUACCGCAGUCCAAUUUAGCAUUUGUACUUAAAGUGUGUCCAAUUGAAACUUCUAAAUAGUCUGUAAACUUUGUCCAACAUGACCUCCUCUUUUAUAACAACCAUCUAUGUAUUAUUCAAAAAUAAAAGAUUUAAUAAUUAA